CAAGCAGACAAGGUCUUAAUCAUCAUGAUCCCCAUUGUUCUGGCCUCAGUGCUCAUCGCCAGUGUCCUCGGGUGUGGCACCCCUCCUAUCGAGCCUCUGACCACCCGUGUGGUCAAUGGAGUGGACGCUAAGCCCCACAGCUGGCCCUGGCAGAUCUCGUUGCAGUAUAACAGGAAUGGUGAGUGGAGACACACCUGUGGAGGAUCCUUGAUUGCCAGCAACUGGGUCAUGACCGCUGCUCAUUGCAUCAACCCCAGCCUGUCCUACAGAGUGUUCAUUGGAAAGCACAACCUGGUUAACACUGAGGAAGGUUCCCAGGCCAUUAUCCCUGAGAAGCUUAUUGUCCAUGAGAAGUGGAACCCCAUUUUUGUGGCCCUUGGAAAUGACAUUGCCCUGAUCAAACUGUCUGAGCAUGUGACCCUGAGUGACCACGUGCAACUUGGUUGUAUCCCGGCUGCCGGCACUGUGCUGGAAAACAAUUACCCAUGUUUCAUCACCGGCUGGGGAAGGCUUUCCACUGGUGGCCCCAUUGCUGACAACCUGCAGCAGGCUCUGAUGCCCGUGGUGGACCAUGCCACCUGCUCCAAGCCUGACUGGUGGGGUAUUGCUCUCAGGAACACCAUGGUGUGUGCUGGAGGAGAUGGGAUCGUGGCUGGCUGCAACGGUGACUCUGGUGGCCCCUUGAACUGCAAGAACCAAGAGGGAAUCUGGGAGGUCCAUGGAAUUGCCAGCUUUGUGUCUGGUCUGGGCUGUAACUAUGUGAAAAAGCCUACAGUCUUCACCCGGGUGUCCAACUUCAACGACUGGAUCGACCAGGCGAUGAUGAACAACUAAAGAAAUACAAAACAUGAAUUUCA